ACCGUACGUGCUGUAGACAUAAAUAAACGUGCAUCAACACGCGAUUACACAUGUUAACGCGCAAAGGCUUUAACAUGCCUUCAACACGUACAAUAUGAUAAUAAGGUUAUUAAAACCAUGAGGAGUCCCGCAUCACGUAUUAAAUAGUGCGACGAGCACCUGAGUGAUCGAAACUGACAACGAAAUAAUAAACAACUAUAUGAAAGAUGCAUCUACGUCAAGCCGCGCUGAAUCUAAUGAUAGCAGCAAUUAUGUGCAAAAUCUCGUGGGCCAGCAUGCAGUGCAAAACAAUUGUAAUGGAUAUACACAUGAAAAAGUGUAGGCUCGGUGCUAGAGCCAAAAGGGAUGUUGAAAGACUCGAUCUGUUAAAACAUGAUGAGAAGCUGAAGAGAAAGGAAGGUCCCGACUACUUUUCGAAAAUGAACAAUGACCCAAUGUAUUUUCACGGUGUCCCGCAAAAAAGGCAGUUGACAUAUUCGCCACAAGUUGACGAUAUUGCUGUGCCGAUCGUGAUGGAUGCUUUGAACCGUGCCGCGCAAGCUUACUUCUCAUUUAAUGCAGGAUAUUACAAUCGCGCUUUGAGUUCGACAGGACACUCCCUUGGUUGGUCGGAUUAUCCUUCUAUCACAACACGUCCGCUGGUUGCGUCCUCUCUCUACACGGCUUUUAGCGACGACUUCGAUCUCGAUUUGAAUUCUGAAGAAUUGGAGGAGCUAUACGAUAAUAUCUACAAAAGAGUACCGAGAGCUUCGAAAGAUGAAGCUUGGAGGAUUUUUCUGGAAACAGCAUCCAAGUGCUGCCAAAAUGUCGACAAGUGCUUGAAGGAAACUGUGCACAUACCCUGUCUAGUACUCUAGCUGGAAGAACUUAUUUGAAUCAUUUGGAGAAAGUCAGGCUACAGAAGAUAUAAGGAGCUGAGAAUUUGUCCAGUCGACAAGAUUGCAAGCAACAAUAACACGACCAUUGAACUAUAACCACAUUGGAAAAUUCACUUCUUUAUUCUCGAGCGGUCAGAAAGAGAUAGUUGAGUGGGGACGGUGCACCUUUGUCUAACCAACUCAAGGUACCACGUGACUUAAUGUAUUACCCACUCUGAAAACAUUAACCUCCACACAUAUUUCCCACUUGGGCUGCGUUCGAAAACGUCACUCGAGUACUCUCACUCUCUUUUUAUCUCUUGUAUUUCGCUCAUUCUACCGGCUAUCAUCUAGUAGUGUGCACACAGUGUGUUUCCGAACGCAACCUUGACGUUACUUCAACGGCAUGUAUUUAUGACGGUUGCUUUAGAUAACGCGCACUAGCAACGACAACAGUUUUAUCUUAUCAAGUAGUACCGGUCAGUUUGUUGCUCACAUUUCGGAAUUGAUAUUUUUAGUCACGGUAGUUUACACUUGACACUGAAAUAUAUAGUACCUGUGCUGGGAUUCUGUAAUUCGUUAUUGGAAUUAACGACAGUUUCGUUAUCGUUGCGCAGCUUUUCUACAGUAUACAAAAGCUGCGCAACGAUAACAAAACUGUCGUUAACU